AUGGUACGAAAUAACCUAAUAUACUCUGUGAACGAUGGAGGAUCUGCAUUAAUCCCCACGAUUGAAGUUGCUUUGCAAAAUGAAAAUAAAAUCACUAAUAAACCAAGAAACUUGUUGAGUGGAGGCUUCUCUUGGGUGUUGCCCACACCCAGGGAUGAAUAUGAGUUUCUUAUUGCCAACCCUAAAGCUUUGAAGGAUUUGGGAUUGGAUGCUUCAGAAGUGGAUGAUCCUGUAUUUCGACAAAUCGUAAGUGGUGAAUUUUACCAGGAUAGAAAGACAUUUUUGGAUAAGGGGUUCCCUGUGCCCUAUGCACAAGCCUAUGCCGGUUGGCAGUUUGGACAAUUUGCAGGACAGUUGGGAGAUGGUAGGGUUGUGAACUUGUUUGAAGUCGACAAGGCAAAGAAAGAAGAUGUCAACAGACACAAGUAUGAGCUUCAACUAAAAGGAGCUGGCAUGACUCCAUAUUCAAGGUUUGCUGAUGGGAAAGCCGUGUUGAGAUCUUCUAUUAGGGAAUACAUUAUAUCUGAACAUUUGAAUGCAAUAGGAAUACCCACAACUAGGGCAUUGGCGUUGACAUAUUUGCCAUCGACACUAGCACAACGUCAUGCCGUGGAGAGGUGUGCAAUAGUGGCUAGAUUUGCUGAAAGCUGGGUGAGGUUGGGCACAUUUGACUUGUAUCGAUACAGGGGUGACCGUGAUGGUAUACGUCAAUUGUCGGAUUAUGUGAUUUCUGAGUUGUUCACCAUUGAUGGGAACCAGUUUCAAAACUUUGAGCGCGUCAAUAAGUUGAGGCCCGAUUUGACGAAAUUGACAGACGAUUCAUUGACGGUGUACGAUAAAAUGUAUUUCGAGACGAUUAUCAGGAACGCCGAGACUACUGCCAUAUGUCAAUGUUAUGGAUUUUUGAAUGGAGUAUUAAACACUGACAACACAUCCAUACUAGGUCUCACCAUUGAUUUCGGGCCAUUUUCAAUCAUGGAUAAAUAUGAUCCCAACUACACGCCCAACUCAGAAGACCAUGAGUCCCGGUAUGGAUAUAGGAAUGUUCCAACAGCAAUCUGGUGGAAUUUGACAAGACUUGGGGAGAAUUUGUGCGAGUUGAUUGGAGCAGGACAAAAGUUGUUGGACAAUCCCGAAUUUGAUCAAGGUGUGAAAGAGGAGUGGGAGGAGGACAUUAUACUUAGAGCAACGAAAAUCAUAGAGAUGGGAGGUGAAAUCUAUCAAUAUGCAUAUACAAGGAAAUAUGUUGCGACUUUUUUCAAGCGAUUGGGAUUGUCAACGGAGUUGAUUGAUGAGAAAAAUCCCGAUAUACAAAAUCUUCAAUUACUCCUGCCCAUGUUGGAAGCAUUGCAGAAGUUGCAGACUGACUUUAAUUUAUUCUUUUUGAAAUUGCAGGAUGUUGACUUUGGCACAUCUUAUGAAGAGAUUGCUGAGCUGUUUUUGGAACGCUACGACCCAAAUACGAAUAGGAAUCAUAAGGAAGAUAUUGCUAAGCAAUUUGUUGAUUGGCUCAAGGUAUACCAUGGGUUGAAGAAAAAGUCUGCGGAAUACCAGAAUGUAUCAAGUGCCGCUGAUUACAACCCUAAAUUCUUACCUAGAAACUGGAUUCUUGAUCAAGUGAUUGAAAAAGUGUCUGAGUCUAAAGGAACGGAUGUUAGUUACUUGAAAAAAUUGCAAGACAUGAGCUCCAAUCCAUUUGACGAUCGGUUGUGGGGUAAUGAGUUGAAAGAUGUUGAAGAGUCGUGGAUUUUACAAGGUGAGAAGGGAGAUGAAUAUGCGAUGUUGCAGUGCAGUUAUGACCAAAACACUAGAUCUAAAUCAACCUCAUCAAGGGCCCAAAGAGCUAGAGAAAAAUUGCUAAAGUUAUCUGCUGCCCAGUUUAAGGAGCUAAGUACUGAUGUGUACGACGAAUUGAAACGUAGGAUUGACGAAAGUAGAGGUGAACCAGAUCAUUUGUUGCCUAAAUCCUCGUUCCAUCCAAAAAGAAAUCAAGCUAGGCAGAAAUUGGCCUCGUUGCCACAGACCAGAUUCAAGGAUUUGGUGGCUGAUAUAUCCUAUGAAAUCGAAAGAAGAGAUCUCCACAUUGAAACUAAAGACACGUCUGAACCACGUCGCUCUUCAUUAUCUUCUAAUCACGCAAAUAAUGCUCGUGGUGCACAUGAGCGGAAGGUGUCGCAAGCUUCAUCACACACGCCUGCGUCAAAUGGUGGUCAUAGCCGUCUGGCGUCGCAACAUGCACUCAACUCCUAUCCUCAAGAAGAUCAGAAGAAACUUGAUGUAAAGCCAGACCAUUUUGUGGAUGCUGCCACGUCUAGUAAAAAUACAGCAGUAGUACCAGAGGCAGAGGCUUCUAAUCAGUCCAUUGGUAUUCAACAGUCAACAGUGAUCCCCACCAAGGCAAACCUCACCUGGUCUAGCGACGAAGAGGAAGAAGUCAACGACAAGGACAAAAGUGAUAAUGCACGGGAAAUUUCACACCAAACAAAUCAACAGAAUGGAGGUCACCUUCAACAUCAAAAUAUGGAAUUUGAGAAGGGUAAAAUUUUGGAGUUGGAAAAGGAACUAGAUGCGUACAAAACGCAAUUGAGUAGUAUCGGACAACAAAGAGAUAUACUUAAUGAAAAGGUAAAGUCUUUGCAAGAAGAUUACAAUUUUUCUGUUCAACAGAAUAAGAAUCUUAGCGAGGAACUUGAGCAAUUGGGCCAAGAAAAGGAAAACUGGAUAUCUAAACAUGAAACCUUGAGCAAGUCACUACAAUCCAGUGACAAGUCAGAUGAGCUUGAGAAACUAAAGUCUAUCAACGCUGCUUUGAGACUUGAAAAUCAAUCAUUGAAAAACACCUCACCUGUGAACAGAUCGAUAUCUAAUCAAUCUCCAAAACAGUCUGAUACGCAACCUAGAUCAAAUAAUGUGAACAUUACUUCUUUCUUGGAAAAGUUGGAAAAGAUUGGCGUACCCUCCCCUGACAAUCCUUCAACAUUGGAGUUGAAGAAGCAGGUUAAGCAAUGGCAGCGUAGAUAUGAGGAUUCUAGAUCAAAGUGCAUUGCAAGUGAAAUCAAGAAAGCUACCUUGUCGAAAGUCGAAUUGAGGUCUUUUGUGGCUCCUGACGGUCUUGUUUCCAUAAAGUUGGUUAGUGAUGCACAGGCUUUGUUCGAAUCGUUCCUUGUGUACAUCUCAGAGAACUGGGACGUUAAUAUCUUGUUUGAAAAAGCUUCGAAAAUCGCAGUAGUGAUGAAUGAAAUUGCUGCGCAAGCAGAAAACCAGGUUGCCAAUAGCAGCGAUCACUCAAUACUGUUGAGGGAUGCUGCUGCGUAUUAUUUAACCGCUACCAGAUACCAUGCUACAUAUAAACUGCUUUUUCCUAAAUUUAUUGUCGAAAAGUCAUUAGGAGAAAUGAAUUGCAUUCUUUGUGAUGUGAUUGCAGCAUCAAAGCUCAACGAAAAUUCAACAAAUUUGAGAAAACUCGAGCCGGGGACGAAAUCUGCAGCUACUCCUUCUCAAGUGGACUACGGGGUAAGGCCAUUGAAAAUGGCCAACAAGUUGAAGCUGAGUAAUCCAAAUAUGAUCAAUGGCACUUACUAUCAAAGUCCGCCUGGAAAACAGCGCCAAAUACAGACACAGACCCCAUCCCAGAACGCACAGGGAUCACCCUCUCAAAAAUCACGAUCAACGUUAGUUGCUCCUUCAAUACAGCAGUCGCCUCUGGACAGAAAAGGGUCCAUUCCACAGAAUGUAUCUGGUCCGAUGAAAAAUGCCGAAACAAAAGAGCAUGUGCGUGUUGGAGAAGAUGCGCAACUGAGUCAAGAUAAUUUCAAAGGAACAAAACGUAAUGAAGGGAUGCAGAAUGAAUCACUGCAUGCAAGUUUGGCAGAUGGAAGAUCCCCCGUUUCCAGCGGUCUCGUAGACGAUGUUGUCGAUUCCAAAAGAGGAGCUUCUUCCCUUGGCGAUGCUCAAAAUGACGAGACCACCAAGAAUCCAUUUGCCUCAUCAGUUACUGGUAGGGGAGACAACAUUGCCCCACAAAUUGUUGAACGGAAUGCUUUGCCAUUAACAAACAGAGAUCUCAAUAAGGAGCCAAUUGUUGAAAAACAACAGGAGAAGCAAUUUGAAAAUAUAAACUCAUCAACUCCGCUUUCUUCGAGAACUGAAAAAGCGUCUAAUGUGAGUACCCUUGGUCGCAAGUUUACCGACGCGAUAUCUGACCUAGAGCAGUCGUCUUCUCCAGCUAUGAAAACAUCACCCAUGAAGAAGGGAAAGAUUAUGGAUAGAGUCAAGCAAUUUGAACUGUCUCCUGAGGCGCAAGCAAAAUCUAGCCCUCCAAAAUUCCAAAGAUCGCCCAGAUCGAUUGAAUCAACUGAUGAAAGUGACGAACCAAGACGUCUUGCUGAUCCCUUCACUUCUAAAUUGCAAGGAGAGCCUGAAAAGUCGGCGACUGGUGCCAGAACCAACAGUAAUGAGGGUGAGAAUUUGGUUUCUGGAAGAGGUAAAGGUAUAUUCCAGUCCUACAAAGAUAGAUUAAAUGCAAGUGCAAACGCAAACACGAAGGGUCCCCGUUUCAACGACGACCCAGAAAGUUUGUCGAGUUCUGUGGUUGGGUAUGAUAGUGGAGUACCAACCAGAGAUGUGGCUCCGGUCGAUACCGCUAGAAGAGUGGGUGAUUUUACACCUGUUAAUCAUUCCUUUGAAGAUAACGACAAACUAACUGGGGACAAAGAACCAGCAGUACGUGUGAAGGUAAGUUCCCCGAAACCAAUACAACAUUCUAGCUCGCUGGAGGAGUCUGAUGAUGACGAUGGCGAUGACGAUGACGAAGAUGAGAGGGGAGUGGAGUCCGAAGCAAGACAAAGACAGGAGUAUCGUAAAUCUAUGGCUGCUGCAACGUUUAAUGUUGACUUGUUUGAUAUUGAGGAUCCUGACAACACGUUAACUCAAGUUUUGCUUUAUCUUGAACACCAAACGGUGGAAGUGAUUAAUACCAUUCAAUCCCUACUUGGAGCGAUCAAGAAACCAGAUGCCACCAAAGAUGACUUGCGUCAAAAGUCCAAAGCAAUCACCAUCGUCAUUUCCCAAAUGUGUGAAGCUACAAAUACGUCAAUGAACCAGACUCGAAAUGCUCAAUUGAAAGAACACGGAAGUUGGGUAGUUAGGUCAUUGGAGGAUUGUUAUCAUCGGAUGGAUGUUUUGUGUAAACCUGUGCAAGAUACCAAUGAGGGUCAAUUUGCUGACAAGAAUUUCAAGCAAAGAUUGGCAGGUAUUUCAUUCGAUAUUGCUAAAUGUACUAAAGAAUUAGUCAAGACUGUUGAAGAAGCCAGUCUCAAAGAAGAUAUUGCUUACCUUGAUGCAAGGCUUGGCCGUAAUGAAGAAGAUUUGACUUAG